AUGACCUCCGACAGUCAGGAUGGGUUAGAGUGGGAUGAUAGCGGCCUCCAACUCAUUCCGCUCUGGACCCGGCCUGAAUCCCCCUGUGCAGUAUCAUUCUAUGCCUCCGGGGCAUUCAACAAGCUCUAUUUGAUCUCCACUCCUGGCGACAACCUGUUGAUGCGCGUCUCAUUACCGGUAUAUCCCUCCCAAAAGACGCUCGGGGAGGUCGCCACAUUGCAGUGGGUGCACAAAAACACCGAGAUACCGGUUCCAAAAGUUGUUGCUUUCGAUUCGACAAACAAGAAUGAAAUCGGCUUCGAAUGGAUUCUCAUGCAACUUGUGCUUGGUCAGCCAGCAAACAAACGAUGGCGGAAAAUGACCCUGACGCAGAAGACCUCGUUUGUCGAAGACAUCGCAAAAUAUCAAGCCCAGCUCUUCUCUCGUCGCUUCACUGGUAUCGGAACGCUUCAUUCAGAAGAUGUUCCUGGACCAGUCGUUUCACAUGAAUUUUUCAUGGGUAAUCGCCUCCCAUAUGACGUGCCGCGAGGGCCCUUUCGUUGCAGUCAUGACUGGCUCGAGUCUCUGCUGAAACUCCUUAUCUCCGAGCAAACAGACGUCGCCAACAAAGCCGAUGAUGACGAUGACCGUGAGGAUGCGAUGGAAAUACUGAGGACAGCGGAACACCUCCUUUCGCUUCUCCCGAAGAUAUUCGAGCCAUCGGAUCACGAGUCGACGGUGCUCUGGCACGACGACCUCAAUUUGAGCAACAUUCUCGUUAAUGAUGCUGGAGUUAUUACCGCCAUCGUAGACUGGGAAUGCGUGUCCGCGUUGCCGCUUUGGAUGGCCACAAAAUUGCCUGCAUUUGUCAGGGACGGCGCGCGGGAGGAGGAGCCGCAACGAGAUGAGUACGGUAACGAAGACGAGGACCCCGAGUUUGUAUCGGCAGAGCUGGACAACGAGGGCAAGAACGAAUUGUACUGGAUACAUCAGAUGGAGUACGACGUGACACAAUUGAAGAAGGUUUAUCGGGCAGCAUUUCCCCUUGAGGAAAAUGACAUGAAGCAAGACUUUUAUGAAGCCCUGCUCCAGUGCAAUGCGGGCUUAUGGAUCAAGAAGAUAUAG